AUGCAUCGCCGCCUUUUCGCCAUUCCGGUGGUGGUGCUCCUCACCAUCGCCAGCUCGCUUAGUGCAGACGAGAGCUCCGUCGCCUCGCCGCCGCGCAUAGCUCUCUGCUGGGGAGGCCACUUGUACCGUGACUGUGCCCUCCGCUACUCCCAAUACCCGUUCUCAUCCGGCGAGACGGACCAAGGGCAUGUGCUCAUCCUUUGGGUCACCUCGUACGUCGACGAUGUGGCCGGCUGGAACAACACCCGGUGGAAGAUGAUGAACCGGCUCACCGAAGAAGCCGCCGCCUCGCCGGUACGGUUCGCGAACGGGAGCGAGGUGUACGGCAAGGACAAUGCGAGCACGGUGUACGGGCUGGUGCAGUGCAGGAAGGACCUGACGCCGGAAGCAUGCAGGGGCUGUGUCACCAACCAGCUUCGGUAUCUGGUGGGGGAUUUCCCCAACAACGUCAACACGUACGCUGACGUUAGAGGGUUCAGCUGCCUGGCUAAACUCGACAGGCACCCGAUCGUGCUCAUGGUGCUGCCCGUGUAUCUAGGAGCUCCAGCACCCACACCCCCGCCUAGCUCCAAGGCACAAAGAACGCCUCUGAUGAUCAUAGGCUUGGCUGCGACGGCAAGUGGCAUCUUCUGCUUGUUAAUCCUAGUCAUCUUGUACCUCUGCUGGAGGCAGAGAAGGACCGACGACAUGGAAGGUGUGUUCGGGAACGUCGGAGCUGGACCCAAACGAUUUGACUACGACGUUCUAGCCGCUGCGACUAGCAACUUCUCUGACGAUCGGAAGCUUGGAGAGGGCGGCUUUGGUUCGGUAUACAGAGGCUUCAUCGACACACUGAACCUCGACGUUGCCAUAAAAAGAGUGUCCAGGAGCUCCACCCAGGGGUGGAAAGAGUACGCCUCUGAAGUUAAGAUCAUUAGUGGACUGAGGCACCGCAACCUCGUGAAACUCAUCGGUUGGUGCCAUAACCAUAAACUACUGCUCGUCUAUGAGCUGAUGCUGAAUGGAAGCCUUGACAAGCACCUUUACAGUGCAGAGAACACACUUUCGUGGCAGCGCAGGUACCAAAUCAUCCUCGGGAUUGGCUCCGCACUUCUGUACCUACACGAAGAGUGCGAACAAAGUGUAUUGCACAGAGACAUCAAACCGAGCAAUGUUAUGCUGGAUGCCUCCUUCAACGCCAAGCUAGGUGACUUCGGGCUCGCGAGGCUUGUCAACCACAGCCGGGCCACGCACACCACGCAGCUCGCUGGCACCAUGUGGUACAUGGACCCUGCUUGCAUGAGCUCAGGAAAGUUCAGCACUGAAUCUGACAUCUACAGCUUCGGCGUUGUCCUCCUUGAGGUCGCCUGCGGCCGGCAGCCCGUCAUAGUUCUGCCGGACAACAUAAUCCACCUUGCGCGACGGGUUUUAGAGUUGUAUCGGCAACAAGUGAUUCUUGACGCGGCGGACCCUCGGCUGAAUGGCGAUUUCAACGCACUGGAGAUGGAGUGCGUGCUGUUGGUGGGGCUUUGGUGCACGCAACUCGACCAGAGCCUGAGGCCGUCCAUCAGGCAGGCCAUCAGUGCCCUGCGGUUUGAGGCACCGCUGCCCACGGUGAUCAACUCAACACCGGUUGGUCACGUAGGAUCCAUUCCUUCUCUCAUUGUGCAAGAGAGUACUGUAACCAACAGGCUUUAUAGAUUCACCAGAUAA